GUGGGGAGCUUGGAGCUCCGCCGCUCAGUAAGCCAUCAGCACAACCUCAUUCGUUCAUGACCACGACAGGCGUCAACGCUUCAAAAACUUAACUCCAAGGUCUGUGAUUAAUGGGUCCUAAACAGACUUCGAAUCGAACAACAAUUUGAAGAACUCCAAAACGCGCAGAAGCAUUACGAUCAUCUUCAUGUGACAACGCGCCUCACAAUGCAAGACGUCAUGCCCACGCGCUAGACACUCCAUCAAGUGUUCCCAUCACCAAAGUACGCCUAUCUCUCAAUGAUGUAGCUGCGUAGCUGCCGAGGUACAGGUAAGGUCUAGAUGUCAUAACCAGCCUCUUUCCCCAGAUUUCAUACUCCGCGGUCAAACAUCAUCGUGAUUCCAUACCAUACAUCAUACAUUUUAUCCAAAAGAAAAGCGGUCUCAGCAAUAAUGGUCGACACAUCCCACUCCUCGUCCGUCCGCGGCACCCUGUCCAACCCGAAGACCAAAGAAGCCAUGAACUCCGAUAAACCCACUCCCCGUCUCGGCGACCACGUUAGUCUAAAGCCUGAAAACGAUGAUAAAAAAACCUUCCCUUCAAACGACGCACCUUCCUCCUCAUCUUCAUCCUCCUCAUCCUCUUCAUCCUCUACCCCACCAUCGUCAGAGACCUCUUCCAUCGGCGCACCCACACCCUCAACCCCCUACGUCAAAUCUGGCACGUCAGCCGGCGGCGCUGAUAAGAAGGCUGUUGGCAACGGCGGAGGUAGAAAGAAAGAGGAUGGAAAGGAGGAGUUACCGCAUAGCAAGAAAGUACGAGGGACGCUUGCGAAUGAUGAUGGUAACAAGGUGAACAAGACCCAACUGGGUGAUCCGGCGAGUUUGAAGGCGGAGACGAGCGAUACAAAGGAUAUGGGGAGGCAGACGGAGAGGGAAGGACGGGAUAAGAGUAGUAAGUUGUAGGAUCUGUAGGAUUUGUGUCGGUGAGUGAGAGAGAGUGGAUGAGAGGGGGGAUUGGCAAUG